AUGCAAGCAAUACAUUUAAAGAAGAAAUGCGAUCAGCAACAAGAGAAAGAACUAGGACCGAAACAAAUCGAAGUAGAUGGCUCGUUUAAUCCAGCUCUUCCCAACACCAAAGACAUAAAUACGGCAAUAUCAUUAUUACAAUCUAAAGAAGAACCCAUUUUAUUGGCAGCUGUAGAAGCUUUGUCAAAAUAUGCUAGUAAAUCGAAAGAUAACAUAAAGAUACUUUUUGAUCUCGACGUUGUGAGCAAAGUUCUUCCUGUUAUCGAACACGAGCAUUUAUUUAUUCGAAGGUUCGCUGCAAAAUUAUUGGCAGAAAUGAUAGCAGUACCAGAUGUGAUGAUCAAUUUAAUCGAAUCCGAUUAUGUGGGACAUUUUGCAAAGUUAUUAACGAACGAGAAAGAUACUUUUAUGCAAGAAUAUUUUUCUGCAAUCCUCGCGAAACUAUCCGGAGAUCCAUACGGUACCGCUCUUCUAGCGAAUCAUUGUCCAAACGUGGAUUUUCUUUUUGAAAUGAUACAGUCGUCGGAUCCAGAUGUGAAGAGGAAUAACAUGGAGAUUCUGCAUAAUUUAAUGCAGGAUCUCGUAGGUGCACGCAAUAUUUCGAAAACUAAGGGACUCAGUUUCUCUUUACUGUAUGAAAACUUUGAAUCGCCAUACCUGGAGAUUCAGCAUCUUGCACUCGAUAUACUCGCCGAUAUAAUUGCGAGGAACAGAGACGAAGAUGUACAAUCUUUAUUCCGAGAAACAAACGGCAUUAAAGUGCUACUAGAUUUUCUCGAAAAUAUUGAAUGGGUCGAUUUACAUAUUAAAGCUCUAAGAAUACUGCAUCUUGCUACCGAGAAUAUUGUAACUGCGGAUGAAUUUAUUAACGCCAGAGGUGCGUUGCAAAUAUUUAACUAUGCAAAACGUACAGUGAAUUCAAAUCUUUUUGCAGAAGUGUUUAGAAUUAUUUUGCAUGUUGCAAACACGCCAAAUGGAAGACAAGUCCUGCAUUCGUAUGAGAUUAUCGAAUAUUUGCUGGAUGCGUUGCAGCGAUCUACGCAAUCUGAUAUUGUUGAAAUUAUUUGUUUUGGAAUUGGGAAAAUGGCACUUUACAAUCCUGCCGCAAAAGAACUCACAAACAAGAAAUUUAUUAAAACUGUUUUAGAUUUAGUGAAAAAAGAAGACUUGCAAUGGUCCGCAAGAUAUGCUGCUGUUUUUGCACUUAGACAAUUAUUAACGAGUGAUAUUAGAAAUUACGAUAUUUUUUCCGACAUGCAUGGACAAGAUUAUCUACUGCAAUUAGCAAAAAACUUUGUAGAACAGGUUCCUGUAGAAACUUGCAUUCUUGCUCUUGAAGUUCUGAUUAUUAUAGCGCGUCAUCCAACAUUUAAAAACAUUUUGCUUAAUUUUGGCACUGUUGAUACAAUUUGCAUGCUUUUGGAGUCAACUUAUCCGUUUAUUGACGGACUUAAGAUUGUUUGCUGCGAUCUACUUUCUAUGCUGUGUUUGGAAAAGGAUGGAAGACAAUAUUUCCUCAAAGCGAAUGGAGUCCAACGAUUAUAUUCUCUAAUUACUAACACUCACUCGAUUUCAGUAAGAAACGCUGCAAUACAGCUCGUGCAAGUGAUUUCUGUAGACUUAGUCGCAGCAAAAAUCUUUGUGGAAAACAAGCUCCUUUCAUACAUGUUAAAUAAUCGCUCGUUUUCAAGAGUGAUUCCUUCAUGGGAUACUUGCAUAGAGACGCUUUUUAAGUCGCAUUUGCCAAUGAAAUUUGCUUUUACGGGACGCUUAACUCAAAACGAUAUUACGCAAGAUGGAUUUUACGUAUUACGAAGAAGCGUGUGUCCUUUUCCGAUAUUAGAUGAUAUCUGGCAGCUUGAAUCUUGUUCACUAGAGCCUAUUUACGUAGUAAAUUCUAUACAAUCACGAACAUUAAAUGCUUUACAAAAUAAAGAGACUGUCAGAGAAAAUACAACAUUCGGAUCAAACUUUGAACGAUUACAAUGCGAUCCACAUUUUACUGAAUACUUGGAACACUUCAAAUGUAUGAUUUUAGCAGCGGAGUCGAAAGAUGUGUUAAUAACAAAUUCUUACGUAUGACGUAAUGUGUACAGUGCAACAGACGCCGAGUUGAUAGGUGUUCCGUAUGUUCUUUCUCGUGCGAAAACGUUAGCUCGAUUUGUAGCGCGUCAAAUGUGCGGACUUGAUCCGGAGAUCGGGUGUAUCGAUCACCAGCUAGAGGUUCACUUGAAGGAAAUUAGGGAACACUUAGAAACGAACAUAAUUCCUCUUGGGCAACUUCGUGUAGGCUCCUACCUCGAACGAGCGUUGCUCUUCAAGGCAAUGGCUGAUAGAUUGUGCCUUCCAGUGGCUCUGGUGCGCGGGGAAUACGGUAUAUCAUGGGUCGAAAUAGCGCUACCUCAAGUAAUUCUUGUUAUUCGCCUUAGUGACAUAUUCUUUUUUUUUAUUGCACCAUUUCGUUUCAUUGAGCUUCUUGCAGAUGAAAGACUCAGAUGGAUGGAAAACAGAAAAUAUGUAUUUGAAGGAUUAUGGAUCAAAGGGUUUUCCAAUGAAACUUAUAAAGCCAAAUUUUAUUGUUGAUUUGAUGGAUUCGCCAGGGGAUUUGAUCCCGGUUGGGAGUCAUCGCGCGAAAUUAUAUUGCACGAAAAAAAUGUGCAAUAAAAUGUGUUACCACUGAGAAUUGAAUUACAUAAUUGGUUUUAUAGAGUUUUAUUUAGCUUAUCUGUGUAGUUAUAAAAUUUAUAUUCCAAUAAAAAAAUGUUUUCUUAAAUAUAUAUAUUAUCUCUGUUAGAUAUGUAUAUUAUUUUGUAAAUAUAGAAACAUAAGACGAAAAUAAAACAGCUUGAUACA